GCAGAACCGUGCUACCUAGCCAAUCCACAGGAGGAAGAGAGGAGAACGGGAGCCCUUUUUAUGACAAGAAGGGAGGCGCCAGGCGUGUGAUUAACAGUUUUGAAGGGAGAGUUACCUGCAUCUGCAUGGAAGAGGGAGGCGACCCGCAGCUUCCGAGCAUCUCCGCACGCACCACGUCCGAAGGCGCGGGGGGCGUCGACUUGGAUCUCCUUGAGCAGCUACUGUCUGACGACAACGGCUGGCUCGAGGUGGUCUCACGCUCGCCCAACUCGGUAGCGUUUCCUCCACUCUCAGCCUUCUUCUCGGCUGACGUGACAGCCACCACAGUGACGACGACGGCGACGGCAGCGCCGGCCGCGAACGCCAGCUGGUGAAUUCAGACGGGUGGCGCGAGCCCCUCCUCCGUGGAGGAGCAGUUCAGCCAGGCCCUGUCCUACAUCCGAGAUACGCAGAGCGACGGCGACGUCCUCGUGCAGCUCUGGGUGCCGGUCAACCACGAUGACGGGAAACUGGUGCUGACCACAAGCGAGCAACCGUUCACGCUCGACCACCGCUCCGACAGCCUCCUCCGGUUCAGGGAGGUGUCCACCAAGUACCAGUUCUCGGCCAAUGUUAAGUCGGGGGAUUCGCCGGGGCUGUCAGGGAGGGUCUUUAUCGGCAGGCUCCCCGAGUGGUCGCCGGACAUCAGGUACUUCACCAGCUACGAGUAUCCCAGGGUAAGGGAUGCACAAUACCUCGAUGUCCAUGGCACCAUGGGUCUGCCAGUGUUCGAGAAGGGAAGCUACAACUGCCUGGGCGUCAUCGAGCUGAUCAUGAUAAGGCAGAAGAUAAACUUCACCUCUGAGCUCAACACCAUUUGCAGUGCUCUCCAGGCAGUUAAUCUCAGAAGUACAGAAGUUUCAAGCAUUCCACGCAUAAAGAUCGGAGCACAAAUUUGAGAUGUUCCUGAAGUGAUAAAUUACACUAAAUGGUUGCAGGAGCAUGAUUCACUGACUUGUGAACCAUUACCUUUAUGGGAAAAGAAAAACUCCAUAAGCAGCCCUCUGGCCGUCUGACUGAAUCUCUAAAAAUGUUGUGAUUGGCUUCUUAUAUUUCUUCUCAUCGCCUUUUAUCAGGAAGACCAUCAAACCAAACUAUUCAAACUUCAAUCGAUGGUAUAUUGCAUGGAUAUUCUUGGCAGCACUAUACCAUCUGCCCAGUUUUCAGUCAAUGGGCUUGGAUUUGCGGAUGAAUCUUUCCAUCUUCCUCACCAUUUAUAUUUCUUCUAUAAUUUUCUUGAUGGUCUUCCAUACCAUAUUUCUUGGCCUUUGGUAUUUGGGUUUUGUUUCUCGUAUGGCAGAGAAAAAACCAGAGAUGCUUACUAUAAUACAAAACUGUGCAGUUAUAAGCAUAGCUUGCUGUGUGUUUUAUAGCCAUUGUGGUAAUAGGACUGUUUCAAGCGACAAAUCUAUUGAUCGUAGAACUGCUAGCUGGAUUGUAUUCUCACUUUGGACAAAGCAUGAUGACAACACACUGAUCCCAAGGCUAUUGCGUAUGCAUAAAUUUAAACUACAGAUUUGCUCCUCCUGGUUUCCUCCAGUUAGUAUACAUACAGGAGAAGAACAGGUGGUUCAAGAGGAGCCACGCAUCGAGGAGUUCGAUUCGAUCUAGGUGGCGUCUCCCAGUUGACUUUCUGGCGCCAAGGAUGGAUUUUAGAUCAUGCUAUAUUUAUCUUUUUAUUUUGUAAGACUUCCGCUAUGUAAUAAGUACUCUGAUUAUUGUGACAUUUAUCUCUAUACACUCUAUGAUUAUAU